UGCCCGAACUCCGUAGUCCAGCUGCGGCUAGGAGGUCAGAGGCCGUCCCCCGCCUUCGGUGCUUGGCUUGGAGGAUGGAUCCGGGGUCCGGGGCCGACGCGGCCCCGUUGGCUGGUUUGGCCUGGUCGUCGGCCUCGGCGCCCCCGCCGCGGGGGUUCAGUGCGAUCUCUUGCACUGUGGAGGGGGCGCCCGCCAGCUUCGGCAAGACUUUCGGGCAGAAAUCCGGCUACUUCCUGUGCCUCAAUCCUUUGGGCAGCCUAGAGAAUCCACAGGAGAACGUGGUGGUCGAUAUCCAGGUCCUGGUGGACAAGAGCCCCCUCCCGCCGGGAUUCUCCCCGGUCUGCGACCCCGUGGACUCCAAGGCCUCCGUGUCCAAGAAGAAACGCAUGUGUGUGAAGCUGGUGCCCUUGGGGGUUGCAGACACAGCUGUCUUUGACGUCCGGCUGAGUGGGAAAACCAAGACGGUGCCUGGAUACCUGCGAGUAGGGGACAUGGGGGGCUUCGCCAUCUGGUGCAAGAAGGCCAAGGCCCCGCGGCCAGUGCCCAAGCCCCGAGCUCUCAGCCGAGACAUGAGAGACCUCUCCCUGUACCCACCUGGCCAGUCCAGCAAGGGUGGCUUCCCGGAGCGGACGCUUUCGAGGCUGGGCUCUCGGGCAUCUACACUUCGGAGGAACGACUCCAUCUACGAGGCCUCCAACCUCUACGGCAUCUCAGCCAUGGAUGGGGUUCCCUUCACGCUGCACCCCCGAUUCGAGGGCAAGAGCUGUGGUCCCCUGGCCUUCUCUGCCUUUGCUGAUCUGACCAUCAAGUCACUGGCGGACAUUGAGGAGGAGUACAACUACGGCUUCGUGGUGGAGAAGACGGCAGCUGCCCGCCUGCCCCCUAGCGUCUCUUAGCCCCUCACCGGCCCCAGGGAGAGUCCCCUGCCUGACAGCCCCGGACUGGCAGCUGCCCACCGAAUUGAAUCUUGGGAGCCUUGGCGGCGCAAGGCAUUCUGGACCCUCAGCCACCCAGCGGAGCAGCAGCCCUGCAGGAGGGGCCGGGAGCGGUCUGCUUGGUGAUGGGUCUCCUGUCCCCCGGGCCCUGAUGUGCAAGGCAGGGGUAGGGGCUGGACGGAAAGCAGUGCCUUCAAGUCAUUUGUGUCAAAACUCGCUGGUGCCUGGAGGCCACGCGGGCGUCCUCCCUCCAGGAAAUAAACACCACGCUGUCCGGGC